UGUUCCAACAAGGGGCUGAUGGCAGGUGCAGAGAAAAUGGUUGAAUGCCUUCUCAGAUCAGACAAGGAGAACUGGCCGAAAACUUUGAAACUUGCAUUGGAGAAAGAAGAGAGCGAGUUCAGUGAACUGUGGAUGGUAGAGAAAGGUGCAAAAGAUGUCAAAAUGAAAGAUUUUGAGGAUGAUGAAAUGAAAACUUUGGAUGUACAGGUUUUCUACCGGGAAGAACCAGAAAACCAGAAUCUUAAUUCAUGCCCUUCUUUAGAAGUGCCUCAUACUUACAGCCCAUUGAAGCCAAGAAAUUACCAACUAAAGCUUGCUUUACCUGCUCAGAAAGGAAAAAACACAAUAAUGUGUGCUCCUACUGGUUGUGGAAAAACUUUUGUUUCACUUCUUAUAUGUGAACAUCAUCUUAAAAAAUUUCCACAAGGACAAAAGGGGAAAGCUGUCUUUUUUGCUAUGCAACUCUCAGUGUAUGGGCAGCAGAAAUCUGUGUUCUCAAAGUAUUUUGGAAGACUUGGGUACAAAGUUGUAGGCAUUUCUGGAGUAACAUGUGACAAUGUCUCAGUGGAACAGACUGUUGAGAACAAUGGCAUCAUCAUUUUAACUCCACAGAUUCUUGUGAACAACCUUAAAAAUGGGACUAUUCCAUCACUCUCUGUCUUGAUGAUAUUUGAUGAAUGCCACAACACUAGUAAACAUCAUCCUUAUAAUAUGAUCAUGUUUAAUUGUCUAGAUCAGAAGUUUGGAGGGUCUUCAGACUCACUGCCCCAGGUCAUUAGGCUGACUGCCUCGGUUGGCACUGGGGAUGCCAGAAAUACAGCUGAAGCCACAGAAUAUAUCUGCAAAUUGUGUGCUUCUCUCGACAUAUCAGUGGUAGCAAAAGACAACUUGGAGGAACUGGAGGAGAUUGUUUAUAAGCCCCAGAAGUUUUUCAGGAAAGUGGAAUCACGGACCACCAACAGUUUUAAAUGCAACAUAUCUCAGUUGAUGAUAGAGACAGAUUUGGUAAAGAGUAUCUUUGAAGAACUUGAAAACUUAUCUCAAAUUCAAAAUAGGAAUUUUGGAACACAGAGAUAUGAACAGUGGAUUAUCGCAGUUCAGAAAGCGUGCAUGGUGUUUCAGAUGCAAGAUGAAGAGAGCAGGAUUUGUAAAGCACUGUUUUUCUACACAUCGCAUUUGUGGAGAUACAAUGAUGCCCUCAUUAUCAAUGAGCAUGCUCGAAUGAAAGAUGCUCUGGAUUACUUAAAAGACUUCUUCAGAAAUGUCCAAGCAGAAGGAUUUGAUGAGAUUGAGCAAGCGCUCACUCAGAGAUUUGAAGAGAAGCUGCAGGAACUAGAAUGUAUUUCCAUGGAUCCCAGCAAUGAGAACCCUAAACUCAAAGAUCUCUGCUUCAUCUUGCAAGAAGAGUACCACUUAAGCCCAGAGACCAGAAUCAUCCUCUUUGUGAAAACCAGAGCACUCAUGGAUGCUUUAAAGAAAUGGCUUGAAGAAAAUCCUAAGCUCAGCUUUCUCAAACCUGGCAUAUUGACUGGACGUGGCAGAACAAAUCAGAAAAUAGGAAUGACCCUCCCAGUACAGAAGUGUGUAUUGGAUGCAUUCAGAACUGACGGAGAUAACAAGAUUCUGAUUGCCACCUCAGUUGCUGAUGGAGGCAUUGUCAUUGCUCAGUGCAAUCUGGUCCUCCUAUAUGAGUAUGUGGGCAAUGUCGCCAAAAUGAUCCAAACCAGAGGCAGAGGAAGAGCAAGAGGGAGCAAGUGUUUCCUUCUGACUAGUAAUGCCGAUGUAAUCGAAAAAGAAAAAAUAAGCAUAUAUGAAGAAAAAAUGAUGAAUGACUCCAUUUUAAGCCUGCAGACGUGAGAUGAAGCAGUAUUUAAAGAAAAAGUUUGCCAGAUACAGAUUCAUGAAAAAUUCAUCAGGGAUAAUCAAGGAAAAGUAAAACCUGUGCUUGAUAAGGAAAAUAAAAAACUGCUCUGCAGAAAGUGCAAAACCUUUGCAUGUUAUACAGCUGAUAUAAGAGUGAUGGAGGAAUGCCAUUUCACUAUGGUUGGAGUUGCUUUCAGGGAGCAUUUUGUGAGUAAGUUACACCCCAGACCAAAGAGCUUUGGGAGUUUUGAGAAGAGAGCAAAGAUCUUCUGUGCCAGGGAGGACUGCAGCUAUGACUGGGGAAUCCAUGUGAAGUAUAAGGUAUUUGAGAUUCCAGUUAUAAAGACUGAAAGUUUUGUGGUGGAAGAUGUUGCAACUGGAGUUCAGACACUGUAUGCAAAGUGGAAGGACUUUCAUUUUGAGAAGAUCCCAUUUGAUGCUGCAGAAAUGUCCACUUGAGCUCAGGACCUCAGUCUGCAGGGAAGGGGUGACCUUGAGUGAGGAAGAAAUUAGACCAGUGGGUGAAUCACAGAUCACUUGUACCACUGUCAGGAUAUUUUCCCUAAGGCUUGUACUGUACUGAGUAUAUAUCACUUAACUUCUGUUGUUUUCAGCAGUUUGUACUGUAUCACUUACAUAAAACACGAGUGAAUGAAUCACAGCACUCAGUGAAUCACUUUGUAGGUCAGUAGAGCUUGGGAAAAAUGAAAAAGGCUUAACUUAUUGCCAUUCUUCCCUUCAGAACCCACUGCCAGUGUGCACCGCUAGCCACUCAGUACACAUUGAGAUAAAUGAAUGAGUGAAUGGAAUGUUGAAAGGUUUCCCAUGCUUCCCUUUCUUUCCUUAACCUACUGUAAACUGGCUUUUGCCCUUAAUAAUCUACUGAAAUUGUUUUUGUCAAGGUCACCAGCGACUCUGGUGGCCCAAUCCACUGGGCACGUCUUAGUCCUUCCCUCUGUUUGACCUCUUUGCUGCUUUUGGCCCUGUUGAAUACUCCUUUCUUGGAACUCCCUCUUGGCCACUAGCGCUUCUAACUCUACCCCAGUCUUUUCUGUUGGCUCCUUUUUGCUGAUCCUUUACACGUUGGUAAUUCCAAAGGUUCAAUAUAUAUACACAUACAGGCAUAAUAGUCACAUACACUUGUGUUCUCUAUGUGUGGCAUCUGAUCUUAAAAUUCUACAGUGGACAAUUUUUAGUUAUGGGGGCAUUUAAAUAAUACAGUACUCAUUGAGAAGUUGGUUUCUGUUCUUUUGGUUUACUGUACAUCUUGACCGAUUAAUUUGUUUUCUUAACCUGUGCCAUUGUUCCCUUCGAAUGGUCAUUUCAAGCCAUUUUCCAGUAAUAGUUGAUGGUCAACAUUCGGACUCUGUUCUCAGGUAGGUCCCUUGGAUGAUACUGAAGAGGCAGUUUAAUUUGGCUGUCCUUUCUAUUUAAAAACUUAGAAUACAUACCCGAAUGGCAUUCCUGUGUCAUUUAACAAGGCUGAUGCUCCAGAGCUUUGUUUGGGGUUUUCCAGACAUGGAGACAACUACCUGAGUUUUACUGUCUCCAUCCAGGCCAAGGUAUUUUAUGUUCCGCUCAGGAUAGCCUCUGUAGUAAUUUAAGCAUCUUCUUAAAACAGAUUCAGAUUAGUUGUUUGUAAUUCACUAGGACCAUCAAUGGCUUUAACAAACCUCCAAACAUCAUAAAAUGUUAAUAUGCUCAGCAUAAGGGGUCGCAUAACUCUUUUCAGAUAGCACUUAUAUCUGAAGGCUUACUGGUGUCCAGGAGGCCACCCAGACCCCCAGGUCAGUCCUGGAGAUCAGUGGGGUGACCUGCUGCAGCCACCUCUUCCUCCUUUUGAUCUGAUGAGAGUCAGAGAACUUGCCAGUUACAUAACUUCUCCUAGGCUUAAUUUUCUUCAUCUGCGAAACAAGGAUAACUCGUACCUGUAAGAGUUAGUAGAGA